GAUGGAGGUGGGGUGCGCGGCCUCGUUAUCCUUCUCAUGCUUAGGAGCCUCAUGUACUUGAUCAACCCUCAGCGUCCGCCGAAGCCUUGCGAUGUUUUCGAUAUGAUCGUGGGAACAAGCACCGGUGGUCUUAUUGCUAUAAUGCUUGGGCGGCUCGAGAUGGAUGUGGAAGCAGCAAUAGACGCAUACAAACGGCUCUCGAAGCGUGUAUUCACUCCAAGAAAACGAAUACAUAUCGGAGGCACAUUUGUCCACAAGGUGCUGGGAUCAGAGACUUUUGACCAUGAGGUUUUGGAGAAAGUCAUUAAGGAGAUUGUCUCAGCACGUCUGGGCUCGGAUACGGACGGUGGAAGUGUGAAGUUGUAUGAAGACAGACCAAAAUGUCCUAUUUUCGUAUGUGCCACAAUGGUCAACGGUGGCAUACAGCGCUUACGGAGCUAUCCAUCUACGGCUGAGGAACCAUUUGACUGUACAAUCUGGGAGGCUGCCAGAGCUACCUCUGCUGCACCGACUUUCUUUGCGCCAAUUAAAUUUCCGAAUGGGAUGGAUUUCCGUGAUGGUGGGCUUGGUGCGAACAAUCCAAUAUUUGAGCUCAUCAACGAAGUCCGGAAGGAAUACCCCACUAGAGACAUAUCUACAAUUGUGAGCUUAGGAACAGGUGUAUCAUCAUCCAUGAAACUUGGUCGUGGAUUAAUUUCGGUUGCGGAAGCAUGCUCCAAAAUAGCAAUGAAUACGGAGAAAACGGCAGAGUCGUUUGCAGCGCAGUAUUCCCAUCAACAGGGUAUAUAUCGCCAUAAAUACUUCCGUUUCAAUCCGACCAAUGGUCUCCAGGGAGUAGGUUUGGAUGAGUGGGAAAAAGAAGAUGAGAUGAUGGCAAACACACUCACAUACCUCAGAACGACGGCUCAGGAAGAUAUUAACUUCGCACCCAGAGAAGAAAUGUUGACUAUUGAAAGUGCUCUUGGAUCCACAUUCUCGGAUUCGCUCAGACCUAAAAUCAUAUCCAUUGUGGGAUUUGGCGGCUCCGGAAAGACACAGUUGAUGCUGCAGUACGCCUGGACGCAUCGAGACGCAUAUGGAGUUGUCCUUUGGAUUGAUGCACAGUCAUUGGACUUCCUGAAUGACACGUUCUCUCUUGCUGCAGAGCAGCUCGGUCUUGUCCUACCUCGUACUUGGGUAUCAAACUCCAGGACUACAACUACUGUUGCCCCAUUCAUACCAAAACUUCAAAGGAAUGUUGAUGCAAUUCAGAAGGAGUUGAGGAGAAGGAACCAGAAAUGGCUCAUUCUGAUAGAUCGUGCUGAUGAGAUCCACAUGAUUGAUCAAUUGCCAAAGUAUUUCCCUUCUGCUCCAGGUGGAUGUAUAAUUGUUUCUUCCAGACGACAAGAGGCAGAGAGACUUGGUGGCCAUGCAAUAAAACUGAAAGGUCUUCCCUUGGAUAGCGCUCAGCAGCUUCUGAUCCACCAUGUUUUCGGCACAUCCACAGGCUUGGUCCAGGGAGAGCAGCUUGAACAAGCAAAACAGGUGGUGGAGACAUUGGAUUGCAUUCCUCUGGCGAUUGACCUUGCUGGGACAUACAUCAAGCAUAACCUUGGGGGUCGAAUAGAUACCUAUGUAAAGCUGUACGAAUCUCAAAAGCACGAGUUGGUCGAACGUGCUCUUGGGCGAAACCAUCCAAUCGCUCAAGACUAUUCCGCCUCUGUCCUCGCGACUUGGAGGGUUUCAAUCAACGCGAUCGCCAAAGAAUAUCCCGGGGCAGCAAAGUUCCUUUACCUUCUGUGCUUCCUCGAUCCUUCAAACUUGAGAAAAGACCUGUUCAAGAGGGCUUGUUCUCCCAAGCUCUAUUUGAAUCGCGAAGGCUCAAUCGAUGUACUUUAUCCAUGGAUGAAUCGUGUCCCUGACUGGCUCCUGAGGCUCUUCUGUGGCCCAAAUGGCCACUGGAAUGACUUGCAAUUUUUCGAUACUAUUGGGAUCAUAUCAGCUUUGUUCUUCAUCGAGUGCAAAGAUCUUAUUGGUACUUGGGUUCACCCUUCUGGGGAAGUGGAGGGCACAACUUUAACCUCGGACGGAAGCUCCGUUACCUUACUCGAAUUACCGCAACCGCUUCACCACUUGGGGAGAUGCUUUCACGACGAUAAAUCAAGAGAAGAAUUCAUCCAUGACGCAUUCUCUGUGGCGAUUCACAGCUUUCAGAACGAUAUCAAGCGUGACGGGAAUUAUUCAAACAUCGGGCGGACGCCUAUGAUGUAUGUUGGAUUUGGAAGGGCCAUAGAUAACCGCAAAAAGAUGGAAAGACAGCUCGAUGAGGUCUAUGAGCAUUUCAGGGCUCUUCAAUCC